GAACAAAUGGGCACCUGACAGCCAAGGAACGACUAUAACUCAUUAAACUCUUUCAGUUAAUCCCCGUCCGCCUGGCAGUUCAGAACGGAGAUGCAACCUAACUCCACCAAAAGAUCCCCGUCAAUGAUAUCACAGCUUGUUUCAGAUGCUGCAAUUCCGGGGUGCUGCGCCUCAGCUGUGGACUUGGGGUUCUUGCCAAACCGAUGUGACGAAAGUUGAACUGUGGGAUGAAACCCUCAUUUUCGACUCCCUCAACACAAUAACAGCGGCCCUGGUAACUCCGUCUACAGACACCCCAUGAGGACUCAGG